UAGUAGAGUGGGAACAUGGCAUUACUUAAUACAUUUUAUCGAUUUUUUCGUAAUCGACUUCAAGUUUAGCUCAUUAAUCGAAACUCAGGUUUUAUUUACGAAUAUUGAACAAAAGGAAUACUGGAAAAAAGUACUUAACAAAAUGGCUGAUAAUACUUGAAAUUCUUUCCAAGUACUUGAAGCACAGCUGGAGUAUUCGCUGAUCCAUAACAACACGCACAAGAACAAUGAAUUUGUUCUGAGAAUCGAAGGCCACGGAUAGCAGCCAUAGGUGUCACAAAUAGCUGAUAAAUUCUAAAAUGCAAACAUUUAAUGGAGCAGAUGAAGAACCUGUAAUUAAAUACGAACAUUGUGACGAUGUUUAUGGUGUGGAGCAUAGCAACGACAAUAUACAAACCAUGAAUCCUAAUUACUACAAUAAUCAAUUACAACAUUCAGUCAAUCAACAGUCUUCCCAUCACCAAACGCCUGGUCAGCGUUCACAUCAAUCGACCGCCACUAUAGCGGCUGCAAUGAAACGAACUUUUGAUCAAAUGCAACAGCAGCAGCAACAACAAAACGGCAGUAGUUCACAAAGUGGAAAUUACAACAAUGCCAAUAAUAUUAACCCAUAUUUUUCGGCACAUUCCUCCUCGUAUGGUGGGAGUGGGAUGACGGUUCAUGGUCCAUCGGAUUUUGAUAUGUUUAAUCAACAAUUAACUAACAGAGUGGACAAUCUUUAUAGAUCUAAUGCCCAGUCCGAAGGGAAACCUACGAAGAAAUAUAGACGUGGAGAGUCUAGUAUACUGUUUAGUCCACCAUUUUUCAAAUUGUUGGAUGGAUUUGCAUCACCCAAUCACAAGGAUGCCAUUGCUGCACGUUGUUACGCCUGUGGCAAAGUUGUACGUGGCAAUAAAAGUAUUUCCUCCAAUUUUAUAAAGCACAUGAAACGUGGCCAUCCUGAGAUUAAUAAAAUCUAUGACAGCUAUAAAAUGUAUCGCAUUAAGACUGGUGUGCUGCCGAAUAUAAGUCAAAUUAUUGCCGGUUGCAAAAUGGAUAGUGGAAAAUUUGAUAAAGACGAUAGUUCGGGAAUUGUUUGUGAUUCCAAUGACGAUGACAAUGGCUCGCAAUAUAUUGAUGCAUCAGUUGUAUUGGACUCAUCGGAAAUGGGAGAUGGAGAGAAUGAAGCCGAAAAUGAUGCGGAUGCUACAGAGGAUAAUAAGAAUUCUGAGAAUUCUGAAAAUGAUGAUGAAUUUACAAAUGCAAAAUCGAUUGAGGGGAGAGAUUGUAAUUCGGAAAAUUCACAUUAUAGGAGUAGAGAAACAGAGGAGAAUCCCAACCAUUUAGAGGAUGUUAUUAAUAAAAUUGUUGAAGAAAAACUAAAAGAUUUUGUGAGACAAACAGAUCUGGAUAAAUUUCAAAAAACCUCUUCAGAUUCGGCCUCCUUAGAAGAGCUUAAAAGAGAGGUGGAGAACUUGAAAAAAGAAUGUUCAACCUUAAGACUGGCCGUUCAGCAGUCCCAGGCCAGCAAAAGACAACUACAGACUGAAUUGCAAAGUGUGGACAAAUUGUUGCAUCAACGCAAACUAAUUAUACGAAAUCUUAAAUUAGACAACGAACUUGUGCCACAAAAAUCUGUUCAAACAUUCCUGGCCAAAAAAUUAGGUUUGGAAGACAUUAACAUUGUCAAUUGUACCAUUAUACCAUCAUCGAAACCAUCUUUAGAUACAAAGAAAAAAUGCGUUUUGAUUGAAUUACAAAAUCAUUUGGAUGCGAAAAAUAUUCUUCGCCAAAUUCCUAAACUAAAAGAUACUGGAAUAUUUAUUGAACCGGAAAUUUCACCAUUACAACGUAAGCGAAAAGACAAAUUAAUGAUAAUACGCAAAGAAUUGCUGCGUCGCAAGGUCGAUCUAAAAGUAAUGGUGCGCAACACAACAUUGGUCGUCGAGGGCCAACAAUUUUAUUGGGAUGACAUCGAGGGUCUGUGCCAUGACGCCAACAAAGAGGCUUUGGAGCUGAAUGCCAUUGAAUACCUAAAGAAACUGACCACCCUCGAUUUGAAGGAAUUCAUUGACAUUAUACAAAACUAUGAUGUACAAGUUAGAUAAGAAAAUAGAUUGUAAGAGUUGAGUGUAAAUAAUUUUAACAGUAUUUUUUCUGAAUGAUUAUUUGUUAAGACUUUUAAAGUAUUUUUGUACCCGUUAAACUACAUAUAAAAUAUAUGUUUUAAAAUUAUUAAUUUU